GUCGCGAGACCAGCUCGCUCUCAGCUCAUGCGAGGUCUCGUGCGCGAGACUCGAGCCUCAUUGGUCGUGAAGAGCUUUAGCAGGGUACCAGCAGCGAUCAGACCGACGUCAGAACGUUCGAUCAGUGAGGUCAAUGGUAUAGAAGUCUUGAUCAGGAGACCUUCGGAGAUGACCACCAUCACAAGAAUUCGUAGAGCAGGACCGAUCGUCUGCGCUCAGUGGCAGAAGGCGACACAGUCGCUUUCCCCGCGCAAGAGUCGCGUAUAUGAGCGAGCGCAUCGGCAGCUGUUCUCAUCAGCCGUUCACCAUUAGAUCUGAUUGAGAAUAGAAGAGGCCUAUCCCAGAACACAGGACAACGAAGGUUCUCUCAGGCACCGCGAGCGAGUGAAGACAUCGCACUUUUCAUAAACGUGUAGCAUCGGGCUGUCGACGGACUGACAGAUUGACUGACUGACAAUAUGGAGAGAACUCAUGGAUCGACUCUGGCGGUGUUCGUCACUGCUCUGGUGCUACUCUCGUCGGGAUGCAGCGCCAUGAAGAUGAAGCCUGUGAGCUUCGCAUACUACUUGCACGACGACUACGUGCCGCCGGACACGACUUCUGUGCAGGUGGCCAGUUCCAAUGGAACUCUCACGGGCACAUUCCAGUUUGGUGAUAUUGCGGUGUUCGACAGCCCUCUCAGAGAGGGUACUGCCAACGAUUCGACUUUGUUCGGUUACGGAUCGGGCGAGCUGGUGUCGCUGAAACAGCCAUACAUGAGAUUCAUUACCUUCGUGCACGAUGUCACUGUCCCCGGCUACUCUGGUACCCUUUCUUGCUCGGGCAGGUUCAACUUCAGUGCCCCUUCAUGGGAGGUGGGCGUCAACUCUGGCACGGGCUCCUUCAGAGGAGCCAGCGGCUACUAUACUGUCAGCAUCGCGGUUCCCAACACCGCUGGUUACGUCCUCAAGUACGAAGCGAAUCUGAUGCUUCCCAAACACUGAUCUCAUCACCCGCGAUUUGGGAAUGUCAUCCAGAUGAGUCGACUGACUGAGUCUCUAUCUUACCGCUCAUCGUGGAGUGCUCGAUGUUGACGGUGUUCUUGACGCAUAAGGCUUCAGCUCUUAGAUCGAGCCGCAAUGGGAGACGUGCAGUCGGCUCAGCUAUUUGGGACUGAGAAAUUCGAUUUUUUUGUGGUCUUGAGGUGCAUGAUUGUGGUCGGAGAGUCCAUGUCCCGCCCCGGCCAGCCCCGCGACCGGCGUGCGUAGUCGAUGAUUUUUGUAGAAGAUAUUUCCUUCACGAAUAAAGGUAACGAGGAAAGAGGCAACGGCUUCCUGGACCUCGAUACAUUUCCUGCGAAAGUAGUGUAGUCAGAAUUCUUUCACCGAGUUGUUCUGGUGAUGUCGGCCUUAGAUAUGGGCUUGUUUACUUGUAGCCGACUGUUCUCGUUUGUUGCGUUCGCAAAUGUGUAGAUCAUGAUUCACUCCAAUCAGACCACAAUAAAAGGCCUGUCCCAAGAUAAAUUCUUUGC